AUGCGACGCGGCACCAUCAUCUUCCUAGUCAUCAACCUCAUAAUCAUAGGCUUCCUCGUCAAUGCCUUCAGCACCCUCAUAGGUCUCCUCUUCGAAGACGGCGGCGCGGAUGCCAUCCUCCGAUCAGAGAUCCCAGCGCCGGGAUCGAAUCUCAUCGACAAUAGGACGCAAAUAAUCCCCAAAAUCAUACAUCAGACCUACAAAAAUGCUACCAUCCCGGCCAAGUGGAAGCCCGGCCAGCAGUCGUGUAUAGACUUGCACGAUGAUUAUGAAUACAAGCUUUGGACGGAUGAAAUGUCGAGAGAAUUCAUAGUGAACGAGUACCCCUGGUUCACCGAUACCUUCGACAGCUAUCCCUUCCCCAUCCAACGCGCAGAUGCGAUCCGGUACUUCGUGCUCCAUUUCUACGGCGGAAUCUACAUCGACCUGGACGAUGGCUGCAACAGGCGUUUGGAUCCUCUCCUCAGCUACCCAGCUUGGCUGCGGCGCACAAUUCCAACAGGUAUCAGCAACGAUGCCAUGGGUUCAGUAGCGCAACACCCCUUCUUCACACAUGUGAUUGAGUCGCUGGCUUCCUACAACCGCAAUUGGGGACUGCCGUACAUCAGUGUCAUGUAUAGCACAGGUCCGCUCUUCUUAUCCGUCAUGUGGAAGGAGUAUCUUGGAACGACAAGAGAGCCGAUGGAACAUGUUAGAACUCUAAUGCCGGACGAGUACAGCAAACAUGCAUGGAGCUUUUUCAACAUUUCCAAGGGCAACAGUUGGCACGGCAAAGACGCGGAGACUAUUUUCUGGAUGGGGAAGCAUUGGUUGCUGCUCACAGUCUCGGGAUUUGCCUUGGCAGGAGUUGUGGGAGCCUGUCUAUGGUGGGCGUGGUCCAUGUGGGUUAUGAAAGUAGGGAGAACAUCUACUGGGAGAAGAAGGAUAGGCUGGUGGAGUAGGUUGAGUGGAGGAAAGGAUAGAUAUGAGUUGGUUGAUCGAAUGGCGUAG